AUGCAGCUGUACAGUCGUGCAUUUGCAAUAAUCAUAUUGAUCAUUGUUUUGAUCAUUUCGAUCAUACAUUUGGGUGUAAGUGUCGGUAUUGUGAGAAAUUUUCGUCAGUAUGGCGACAUUUUCCAACGUGAACGAAGUUUGUCUGUUUACAAUAUCGUAAUUGGUACAGGUGGCAUUCUGAUUAGCCUUUUCGGUUUAAUUGCUGUUAUAGCACGUCGACUUACAUUUAGCAAAAUUACUGCGUUUGGUUAUCUGUUACUUGCUCUAUGUGCGUUGGCUUCGUUGAUUGCUGCGAUUGGAAUCAAUUUUGUAGGAGCUAACUACAUCAACUCCCGAUUUUUAAACAACAUGAAUAACUACAAAUACGAUGUUAAUGUACGAACUAGUAUUGACAAUAUUCAAAAAGAUUAUGAUUGUUGCGGCAGUAACAUGUGGUUAGAUUGGGAUGUAGUGUCACUAUUGACAGUACCAUCGAAUACAGAUAGUAACGUCGUUCAGACCAGUUCGAGUCAGUCUGGAAUUUACACAACGCCAAUCAUGAACACAAUGUUGACUCGAACAAGUACUUCGAAGCAGGGAUCAACAACUAAUGCAAUAGUCAAUACAGAUGUAGAAGUCAUUGUGGACAACGGACUUGAAACAACGAAGGUAACAGAUGUCGGUUCAGCAACAAUAACAACCCCAUAUGUAUACUCUACGACAAUCAAAAAGCAAAAUUCGAAAAAUCAUAAUACCACACAUACAGCUUAUUAUUAUGAUAUACUUGCUCAGAUGGGAUUAGGUUCCCUCGUGCAAUCAUCGAAAAAUAAACGAGCUGCUCAAACAAAAUAUGACAAUACGAAUGGUUCACCUAUGUCGUAUCCUGUUACAUUACCUCAAUCCUGUUGCACAAAUGAUGUUCCUCUGUUUUUCAAUUCAUUAGAUCCAUACUGUAUUUCAAAUGUUAAUAACGUGCCAAGCAGCUUUCAUCAUAGCGGUUGUUCACAAAAGAUUCAAGCUGUUGCUGCUAGUCAAUCUCUCAGCAUAGCCUUUAUGAAUGGAUUUCUCGUGGUUUUUGCUUUUAUAGCUGUACCAAUACUAAAACGAACGUACGGUGGUUAUGUUCGUCCACCGAAAACCUACCGAAAUUCAUCGUUAGCUGAUCAUCCAUUUUCACAAGACAAUCACCCCAGCUAUAUAUCUUCUAAAGAUCAAAAAACAUCAGUUAUCAAUCCUCACAACGAUUACUCAAUCUAUCAAUAA